UACAGUACAGUAGUCUAGAUUCAGACUCGAGUGCAGUAAACAGCUUAACCUGUGAAAGUGUAUCAACAAACAUUCUCACUUUGGUUUCUUUCAAACAUUUCUAGUUAAUUCACAAAAUGCCGACUGAUUUCUACAUUCGGUACUAUGUUGGUCACAAGGGCAAAUUCGGACACGAAUUUCUGGAGUUCGAAUUUCGACCUGAUGGCAAAUUGAGAUAUGCCAACAAUUCAAACUACAAAAAUGAUACUAUGAUCAGAAAAGAAGCCUACGUCCAUCAGUGUGUGAUGGAAGAAUUAAAAAGAAUCAUUCAGGAUUCAGAAAUCAUGCAGGAAGAUGAUUCUCUAUGGCCCCAGCCUGAUAGAGUUGGUCGCCAAGAAUUAGAAAUAGUUAUUGGUGAUGAGCACAUAUCAUUCACCACGUCAAAAACUGGUUCGUUGUUGGAUGUAAACCAGUCAAGGGACCCAGAAGGAUUAAGAUGCUUCUACUACUUAGUACAAGACUUGAAAUGUCUUGUUUUUUCAUUAAUUGGAUUACACUUUAAAAUUAAGCCCAUAUAAAUAUUUUCAAUGUUUAUAAAUAUAACUUAAUUUUUCUACAGUAUACAUUAAAAAUAAAUUAAUUCAUCUAAUCAAAUAAAAUUGACUAAGAUUUUACACAAGCGCUAGCUUCAUUUCAUCAAUAAGAAUAUUAUAAGCUGUAAUCUCUGAAUUGGCAGGAUAAUUAUAUUAUAUUCAAUAAUAAUUUAUUAAUGAAAAAUUUUUCAUUGAAAAAAAAAUUUCAUAAAAUUCAAAAA